CUCUCCGCAGCUGCUUGAGGGACGGAACUUCUUCAGCCUUGGCGCCGACAUCGUCUUCGAGAUUCUUGUCAACGACUUUUCGCCUUUGCGAUAUUUAUACCUGCCAUUCGAAUUGUUCCUCUUUGAUUGAUUCUUUGACAGUCCUUCGCCUUUCAUUCAUUGAUUCUGUUGCUUCAUCAUUUACCCUGGUUUAUAUGCGAGACUUCGCUGCUUUAAGAUAGACACGGCGUCGAAAGGGAAUGGUAGUCAGAUAUGGCCGAGUCCUUCGACACUCCACUCUAAUCAGUUUGCUUCGCCCUACUCGACUCAACAGACUACCUUCUGGAUACUACAGGGGCAUCUCAUCGUCAUCUUGUCUCCAGAAUGCUGCAACGACAGUGCAACACUCUCAAGAUGCUUUACGUACUCGAAAUAUUGGCAUCAUAGCUCACAUCGAUGCUGGCAAGACCACGACCACUGAGCGUAUGCUCUACUACAGUGGUCAUACUCGAAGAAUCGGCGAUGUUGACGAAGGUUCGACGGUGACGGAUUUUCUGCCUGCAGAAAGAGCUCGAGGGAUCACCAUUCAAUCGGCAGCAAUCACUUUUGAAUGGCCCCCAGCAGACGUUGCUGUCCCCCCGAUCGUUGGAGCAGGUGCUGAUAUCCAGCCAAAAUCUCCUGUUUCCCAUAAUAUCAACCUGAUCGACACCCCCGGGCAUGCAGACUUUACAUUCGAGGUGCGGCGGUCAUUAAGGAUUCUGGACGGGGCCGUGUGCAUUCUUGAUGGCGUAGCUGGGGUCGAAGCCCAGACAGAGCAAGUUUGGGCACAGGCUGGUGAAUGGAAGAUCCCGCGGAUAGCCUACAUCAACAAGCUUGAUCGUGAUGGUGCGGCAUUUGGUCGGACCGUUCGAGAGAUCGGAUCACGACUAUCUGGAUGGCCCGCUGUUUGCCAGAUUCCAUGGUUCGAAGGAGGAAAGGGUCGCUUUACGGGGGUUGGAGACGUCGUCAGCCUCGAAGGACUUUUGUAUGAGCCCGGUGGGCACGGGAAAUCAUUCAAACGCCUGACACUCUUACAAUUGGAUCAACAGUAUCCGGAGCUGGCAGAUGAGUUGCGUCGAGCAAGGGUGGCUCUGGUUGAACUCCUCAGCGAACACGACGAUGGGCUCGUCGAGGCAUUCUUCAAAGCCGAAGAGGAUCAUCUAAACGUCACUUCUGCUCAGCUCCUACAAGCUCUACGUCGCUGUCUACUUGCCGACAACAGCAGAGUUAUACCAGUCUUUGCUGGGGCGAGCUUUCGCAACAUAGGAGUGCAACCUCUUCUAGACGCUAUCAGCAAUCUACUCCCUAGUCCAGUUGAACGACCUGAUCCCGAGAUCAGUCUCGGCUCUAGCUCUGGUAGAUUGUCUCAGCUGAUCGCAGGCGAGCUUGCUAUGUCGAAUGACAGUACAGGGAAGGCAAAGAAGAAAGGCCCAACUACAACCCCAAUCGCGGUUGGAAACACUCUGCAAGGCUGUGCGCUAGCAUUCAAGGUGGUCAACGACCCGCGCAGGGGCAUCCUGGUAUACAUUCGUGUUUAUUCAGGUUCGAUCGAGCGUAAUGCAAUGUUGUAUAACACAAACCUGCAGAAUUCCGAGCGCGCUACCACUAUACUACGGAUGUACGCAUCAGAAUCGGUGCCUGUACAGACGCUAAACGCUGGUGAAAUAGGCGUGAUUGCAGGGUCCAAAUUUGCCCGCACGGGGGAUACUCUGAUCUCUUACACUGGCAACAAAGCUACUCCUCCAGAACCUCUGAACAAGCUCCAGCUGAGGCCAAUCAAAAUUCCACCACCAGUCUUCUUCGCCGCCAUCGAGCCGAACAGUCUGCGGGAGGAGAAGGACAUGCAUGAGAAGCUCUCUUUAUUACUACGUGAAGAUCCUAGCCUGCAGGUUUCUCAAGAUGAAGAUACUGGGCAAACUCAGAUCAGUGGUAUGGGAGAAUUGCAUCUCGAAAUUGCCCAAGAUAGGCUUGUCAAUGAGAUGAAGGCGAAAGCCAGGAUGGGCAAGAUCGCCAUAGGCUAUCGGGAGACACUUCCUGAGGCCUCGAAACCUAUUACCAAGACAUUGGAUGGGGACCGUGUAGCCACCAAAGGUAAAGCAGGAUGCACAGCCGUCGCAGAGCCGGUGCAAGAGACCAACGCGCCCGAGGAUGUUUUCAGCUACGAACAAGAUGGCAACAUCAUUGUGAUCGAGACACCGACCCUGGAUGACCGUGGACGACCGCUCGACGCAGACAAUGAGUCCUUGCCACCGAACCUGAAUCUCCCAGAAGUCCAACAAGCAUAUAUCAAUGGGGCCCUGGCAGCGCUGAGCCGUGGACCAUCAUAUUCCUAUCCCAUGAGGGACACGAAAGUCACUCUUACACUGCGCCCUGAAGAACACACAUUUGGUUCUGACACCACCUACGCGUCACUCACGUCUGCAGCCAGGCUUGCGACGAUAGCUGCUUUCAAGGAUGCAACGAAGUCGAACUCUUGCUCACUCAUGGAACCCGUGAUGAAUGUCGACAUCAACGUGGAUGAAGCCAGUCUUGGUACGGUCAUACAAGACAUCUCUUCCAGUCGUGGCGGUCAAAUAGUCUCUCUCGGAGACCAGGAGGAUGAGGUAGCCGAACAAGGCUCUGGGGCUCGAAAAAUUGAUGUAACCAAGAUUUACGCGCCAAAGGAUCCUUUCGAGUCAGGGUCAUCUGUGUCCGGAGAGCAGCAUGACCGGGUGAGCUUUCAGAGGACCAUCAAGGCGAAAGUACCCUUGAAAGAGAUGGUAGGAUAUCUCAAGCACCUCAGAAGCAUGACGGGCGGCAGAGGUACGUUCGUCAUGAGCGUAGACCGAUUCGAGAGGGUUACAGGUCCUCGGGAGAAAGCACUGAUCGCCGAAUUACGAGGCGGAGUGUCAUAAGCUGUCAACCCACUGUCAGGAUGAGGACCGCGUGUGGGAAUCUGUAGAACGCUAGUAUAUUUACAUAGCCCGUACCAACAGACACGUUUGAACCACACUUCUGGCUCCAUUCUUGUGCACGAGACCAUUCAUUAUAUAUUUCUAUUUUAUUUCUACGUGGUUGUUUCCUGGAGUAUGCGGUGCUGACACGAUAUUGGGGAGGCUUCUGAGCAGCUGAGCACACGAACACACUUUCACCCCGCCUUGCGAUCAACUGCACCGGCCACAACGCAGUCAAUAUGGCCUCCAAGGCAAUGUGGGAGGUCGAUCCAGAGACCAGGAGUAAAGUACGUUCGUCGCGAAUAGGUGUUGAUCCUGGGCUGUUCACUGACCGGCUUUCAGCUCGCACAGUUAGGAAAAAAGGAGGGUGCCGGUAAUGACAGAUGCUGCGACUGCGGUGCACCUUCACCACAAUGGGUGCGUCCCUUCAUAUGCUUGUGCUUCAA